CGUUAUGCUGACUGGGUGUUAACACUUUCCUGGUUCAACACUACCGCAGCAAUCAUUGCUCCUCGAGCUGUUCUACCUCCGAAUGUUCGUGUAACUCUUUUGUCUACAGUACAAUGCCAACAUAAAGCAAUAUUUUCAGCUUCCAAAUAUACGUCAAGUUAUGCUAAUUUUGGAUGCCUGGAAGUGUCCUUGCAGUUUUCACGUUCCGUAACGUUGUCUACAACCCGAUACAUUCUGCCAACUGCCAUUUUUGUGAUAGCAACAUUCUUUGCUCCAUACAUUGACAGAAACAAUGUUCAAACCCGUCUGAUUCUCGUUGGAUCUGCUUCAAUUUUAUUUUCACUUUCUGCAAUGAAUAUGAAAUCUGCAGUUCCGUCGACAGUUUACAUAACAGCGACAGACAUCUGGAUUUUACUUUGUUCAGCUUUUAUUUUUCUCGCAUUUGCUGAAAUAAUUGUCGUUAAUAUGAUGAUGAACUUUUUCAAUAAACGUUUUAAAUUGUCCACAAAAGAUGCUACGUUACGAAUGGAAAGCCAGUAUCGUCAUGAAAGGAAUGCUGCAAGGAAGGAGCAGUACAAUACACUUAGGUUACCACUAUCAGAAACUGAAGGUGUCGAAAGUCGACUUCGUGAUGCAGAUCCAAUGACAACAUCAAGACGAUCAGAUUACGCUAUUGUAAUAAGUGAAUAUUUCCAUCGUCAAGCUGACUUCUAUUCGUUAACUGCAGCCCGGAUAGAUUUGACAGCACGUAUUGUUUUUCCAAUAGCAUUUUUUAUUGCAACACUUAUAUAUGCCCUGUUAUACAUUAUGAUAAAAUAA